CUUCACCCUCUUCAUUAUAUCAUCAGCUUUCUAUUAUUCUAAUUAUUCAGGAGAAAACAUGAGCAGGCCAGGAGAUUGGAACUGCAGGUCAUGCCAGCACCUGAAUUUCCAAAGGAGGGACUCCUGCCAACGUUGCGGGGAAUCUCGGUCGGGUGACUUUGGUAGCUACGGUGGAAGGGGUGGCUCCUCAAUUGGAUUCACCACCGGCUCCGAUGUUCGACCAGGUGACUGGUACUGCACUGCUGGAAACUGCGGCACCCACAAUUUUGCCAGCCGUUCCAGCUGCUUCAAAUGUGGUGCACUCAAGGAUGACUCUGCUGGAGGUUUUGACUGUGACGUCCCACGUUCCAGAGGAUUUGGAGGUAAUCGAUCCGGAUGGAAAUCUGGCGACUGGAUAUGUACCAGGUCAGGAUGCAAUGAGCACAAUUUUGCGAGCCGGAUGGAAUGUUUCAGAUGCAGUGCCCCAAGGGACUUUAACAAUAGAACUUCAUACUAAAACCAUGCUAUCCAUUUUUGGGUGUUGCAACCAAGUAAGAGAGAUCACUAAAAUGAGAGAAUAUUACUGCUUUUUCUUGAUUAUAUUCCUUUGGAGUGUGUGCUAGAAAUUCCUUAAGGCGAAGAAACAUGCAUGGUGUAAAAGCCGUUUGUUGAUCACCACCACAAGCAAUUUGUCCCUUAGCAUUUUGUCAUGUUUUUCCUAUAAGAAUAUAGCAAAUGUACUACUUUUGUGAUGAUGAUGCUUUCAAUCUAUCGUUUAUUGUCUUCUUUUUAUGUAUUUUAGAGAGUAUUUAUAUUGUAAUGGUGCUUGGCUUUCGUCGAAAAAGAUGAUUCUCUUCUCUUUUCCCAUUAGUAAA